UAGCGCUUGCGUAAAUCAUCAUGACACCGCAAUUUUAUCAAAUUUUGAACUAUAGUUUCUCGAUUUUCAGUGUGGACUAGUAUAAUGAUAUCGUCUUUAAUUGGCGUUGUUUUUGUGGCAUGGCUCGUGUACAAGUUGUUUAAAGACGAGUUUACUUCUUUCGGAAAAAUUCCCAAACCUGGCGGAUCUUUUCCGGUAUUUGGUCAUGCGUUGACAUUUUUACGGCAGGAAAACCAUACGAAAUUGCUGCAGGAUUGGAGUGAAAAAUACGGACCAAUUAUCCGUUAUAGUCGAGGUUUUGGGAACUCCAGAAUCCUCUUGUCAGAUCCUGAGCUGAUCAAAUAUGUCUUGGUGACAAAUGCAAUGAACUACAGACGCUCAGAGUUUGUGCAACAAAUUAUACCCAGCAUUGGCAAUGGUUUAUUUUCCUCCAAUGGGAAGGAUCAUGCAUUUCAACGGAAAUUGAUCACCCCAGCAUUUCAUUUUAACAACUUAAUUGGAAUGGUUGAACAUUUUAAGGAUGUUGCUCAGGAUUUAGUACAGCUUUGGACAGAACAGGUAAACAGCUCAAAUAAAGGAGUCUCCGAGGCUUCCAUCUCUACAGAUUUGAGUCAUCUUACAUUGGAUAUCAUCGGGAGAUGCGCCUUUGGGUAUAAUUUUGACACAGUGCUGUCAGGGGAAAGUGAAGUCUCGACUGCAUUCUCUGAAGUUGUUUUAGGAAUCAAUUUUGCCCGAGUGAUGAGACAGAAUCUUAUUCCAUUUUACAAAUAUCUUCCAUUUUCUGACAAUGUAAGGGCAAGAAAAUGUCUGGAACUGACAGAUGAAACUGUUCUAGAGAUAAUUAAGACAAGGCGUAAAGAGAAGAAAGAAGGAGGAAAGGUGUCUUGUAAACCAGACUUGCUAGAUCUCUUAAUGGAUCAGUAUGAUGAAGACACUGGCUCUGGCAUGGAUGAUGAGCUUCUCCGAGCUCAGGUAUUCACUUUCAUGUUAGCUGGUCAUGAAACAACUAGUGUAUCCAUGGUGUGGACUUUGUAUGAACUUGCCAGACAUCCAGACAUUGCUGAAAAGAUCCGCAACGAAAUUAAACUAGUUAUGCAGGAAUCAUCAGAAAUGACUUGGGCAAAACUGGCAGAGAUGAAGUUUCUUGGUAAUGUCAUUAAGGAAUCUCUCCGGAUUCAUCCUCCAGCUUCUGCAGCAGUACGUGUUGCUAAUAAAUGUGAUGUGAUUGGUGGGUAUGAAAUUCCCAAAGGAGCCAAUGUAGCUCUUGGUAUUGAUGCUGUACACCAUUCACCAAAGUAUUGGAGAGAUCCUCAUGGUUUUAACCCACAGAGGUUUGAUGAAAACGAUGAAAACUAUCAGUCACACCAUCCAUAUGCAUUCUUGCCAUUCACCGCUGGUCCUCGCUCGUGCAUAGGGAGUAAGUUUGCUAUGGUAGAGAUGAAAGCUGUGUUAUGUACUUUACUACGACACUUUACAUUUGAAGAAAUUCCAGGAUUCACCGUGACGCCAAUCAUUCGAUUGACAACUAGGCCAGAUCCACCUUUGCAGUUAAGGAUCAGAAAGUUGAUCAGUUGACUGAUGCUUCCAUGAAUUAUUGACUUUCUAUUAUUUUUGUUUGUUUGCAUAUUGCUUGGUUGGUAAGAUAUUUGCUUCAUCAUGUGACAAGCAUGUCCAAUUAGUCAGUACAUUAACCGCAUUUUUUGAAACUAUACGUUUGGGGUUUAGUUUUGAUCAUGUUACAAGAGACUACCUAAGCUCGAAAGUAUGCUCAUAAUCAUCUAGUAUCUUUUUUUUUUUUUAAAUUUUUUUGGCAUUUUACCAAAACAUUACUCUCCUUACAAUACACUACAGGAC